AUGGAAGGACGAGUUAUCACAAAAUUGCAGAUGGCUCUGUUCUUUGGUGAUUGGGAGGAGGCCGAGGCCGAACUAAGCAGAGGGGCCGAUGCAAAUGUACCAAAUUCAGAGGGAAUGACGAGUCUUCACGUUAUUGGCUUGGCAGGCCAUGACUGGGCCGACACAUUUUUCCGGAUCAUGGCAGAGCUAAGUCUGCGUGUGAAAGUCAAUAUCCCGAACAAAAAGGGUCGUAUGCCGCUGCAUUUGGCACUGGCUAAUGACAACAGGAAGGUGGCUGAAGCAUUGCUUAGAAGACACGCCGAUCCCAAUUAUGCCGACCAUGAUGGAUAUACGGCUCUGCACGUAAUUUGCAAGAGAGACAAGGACCAAGGUUUGCUCAAGGAAUUUUUCAAGAUCGUCAAAGAAAUUCCGACAUCGGUGCAGUUGCUGCUGAAAAAUCAAGCCAAUCCAAACUCGCAGAACAAGGAAGGAUCGACGCCUCUGCAUUUGAUUUGCAAGAGAGACAUCAACGGCGGCUUGGUGAAUCAAUUCUUCAAGGUUGCCCUCGAUAUGGAUCUGCAGGUGCUAAUCAACGCCCAGGACAAGAGGGGCAACACCCCACUGCAUUUGGCUCUGGCUGCUGGCUGCUGCAACCGGAAUAUGGUACAAUUGUUGCUGAGAAAUCAAGCCGACCCGAAUCUGCCCAACGAGGAGGGCCAGACGCCUCUUCACUUAGUUUGCAACAGGUAUCACAAAGACAUCACGGCCUAUGAAUUUUUCAAUAUUUGCAAAUUUGAAAAGAAGUCGUUGGAGGUCGAUGCCAAGGACAACAAAGGCCGUACACCACUACAACUGGCCGUGGCGAAUCUUUUGAUGGAAGAAGUCAAUUUACUCUCAAACUAUGGGGCUGAUCCAUCUAAAUUCGUUUUCCCUAGCAGGGAUGACUUCCACCAGUCGCUCGGUUACCACGAAGACGACGCUUGGCUUAUCAAGGGGGAUAGAGUAAGUCGUGCUCUCCAAGUCUUGAAGAUUCUCGAGGAACGGGGAUAUAAAGUGGAUCGCAGCGACGCCAUGACAAUCGUGCGAUUGUUUCGCGAAUGGGGAUUCUUACAAAUGAAAGAGGAUCUUGCAAGAGUGUGGCGCAAAGGGACGAAACCCACAAAUUCUGAUUUUCAUAGUAGCGACGAAUCCAUAAAAAAGGCUGCUCAUAUGCAGUGGUUCAAUACAACAACGCGAGAAUUUUUCCAAAAAUGGUAUAUGCCUGUUCUCGAGCCGCUGAUGAAGAAAACUACGAAAAAUUUAAAACUUGCUUGUUGGAGAUCUAUAAAAUAA